AUGGAGGCUGCAAUCAACACACUAGUCUCUCAGUUUAAGGUGUUUGCUGGGAAGGACGGCUCAUCAGACACACUGAGCAAAGAUGAGUUUCAGAGUCUUGUAGUUUCACAACUACCCAACUUUGUCAAGAAUGCCAAUGACUCAUCAGUCACUGACCAGCUCAUGAGUUCAUUGGACCAGAACAAUGAUGGAGAGCUGACCUUCCUGGAAUUCUGGCAGCUCAUUGGCCAGCUGGCAAACAAACACGGCGGUUUCAGCCAGUAG